UAGCGCUAGUCUCCUCUUCCGAUUGCAUUUGCAAGCGCUGCAACAAAGCUGCGCGCGUACGAAGGCGUGCCACAAAGCUCUAGCUACUUGGCUUCUCACAUCUCCUCCUCGUGAGCUUCCAGAGACGAUCGAUGGCGACGACGGCGGCAGCGCUGCUGCUGGAGGAGGCGCGGGUGCCGGCGUUCGAGGCGUGGCUGUUGGGGCUGCGGCGGCGGAUCCACCAGCACCCGGAGCUGGCCUUCCAGGAGCACCGCACCUCCGCGCUCGUGCGCGCUGAGCUCGACGCCCUCGGCAUCCCCUACGUCUGGCCCGUCGCGCGCACCGGCGUCGUCGCCACUAUCACCGGGGGUGGUGGCCCCGGCCCCGUGUUUGCGCUACGUGCUGACAUGGACGCGCUACCCAUCCAGGAGAUGGUGGAAUGGGAGUUCAAAAGCAAGGAAGAUGGCAAGAUGCAUGCGUGUGGGCACGAUGCUCACGUGGCCAUGCUGCUCGGAGCUGCCAAGCUUCUUCAAUCCCGGAAGGAUGAUCUCAAGGGCAAGGUGAAGCUCGUCUUCCAGCCAGCGGAGGAGGGUCAUGCUGGCGGGUACCAUGUGUUGCAGGAAGGUGUCCUCGAUGAUGCCGAUGCCAUCUUCGCCAUGCACAUCGACACACAUCUACCAGUGGGUACUGUCGGAUCUAGGCCUGGACCUUUCCUUGCCGGAUCUGCUCGUUUCAAAGCGACCAUCACUGGGAAGGGCGGACACGCGGCCGUACCACAUGCCGCGGUAGACCCGGUGAUAGUUGCGUCAUCGACCGUCCUCAGCCUCCAACAACUUGUUGCUCGCGAAAUUGAUCCCCUUCAGAGUGCGGUUGUGUCAGUUACUUUUAUCAAAGGAGGUGAGGCGUUCAAUGUUAUCCCGGAGUCUGUGACCUUGGGUGGCACCUUCAGGAGCAUGACCACGCAAGGGUUAUUCUAUCUCAAGAAGAGGAUCAAAGAGGUGAUCGAGGGCCAGGCGGUGGUGGGGCGAUGCAUGGUGACGGUCAACUUUAUGGAGGAGGAGCUCCGGCCAUACCCAGCGACCAUGAACGACGAGGGAGUGUACAGUCAUGCCAAGGCGGUGGCAGAGAGCAUGCUCGGAGAGGCUAACAUGAGGUUGUGCCCCCAGGUGAUGGCGGCGGAGGACUUCGGGUUCUAUGCACAGAAGAUCCCAUCCGCCUUCUUUAGUGUCGGUGUCAGAGGCGCCGGUAUGGAGAUUAGCCAUGUGCACACGCCGCACCUGGUGGUCGAUGAGGGUGCUCUUCCUGUUGGGACAGCGCUUCAUGCUGCCGUGGCCAUCGAGUACUUGAACAAACAUUGAUGAUAUAGCCACCUCUUCAUCACCAAACAAGAAAAAUAACUGGAAAAUGUUGUGCACAAUCCCAAAAGGUUCAUUCAGACGAUGUUGUAUACCAUUGAGGAUAAUGCAAGACGGCAUAAAGUUGCUUGUGCAAUGUGGUACUACAUACAAGCGGUCGUCAUUGGCCCUGCAAGUCUAUGAUCCUCACACAGGGGAAUUUUUGAACAUUGCCGGUGAGCCGGGCUAUCUUCCAAGCAACAUUACUCUCUGCAACUUGCACUUGGAACAGAUUGUGUUGGCCAGGAAUUAAUUCACUAUU